CAUCUCCAUAUCGCGGAUGUGUUUUUCAUUGCAUUGUUGUUGUGGCGCGAUCGAAUUUGUUUGGAAUUCUGGAAAUAGGCAAUAAAUUUUUGAAAGUGUUUUGUUUUUGGAUACCUCAAACUAUAGCUAAAACCGCGCAUUUUCAACAAAGAGCAAACAAAGAAAAAGGAUAAAGAAAGGGAAGGCGAAAUAAGGAGAGAGUGGAAAGCCGUUACUCCGCCCAUGCGCACAGCUGAUCCAGAGCCUGGCCCAACGGUAAACGGAUUGUCUCUGGGCUGCAAAAGCGGAAAUCGAAAAAAUCGAAAGCGAAACGGAAACGGAAGUUGCCUGGAAUAGUGAAGCGAUAACAAAAGCAACCCGCUAACCGCGGGAGCCGGAAUCCAAAAAACCCACAAUAGCCACAAGAAUAUAGAAUAAAACUAAAGUCAUUUCAAAAUGUUCCAUGCUCUGCUCCACUGGGGAGCGAUGGCUGCCGUCACAGUCAUCCUCAUGACCUGGGUACGACCGCUGGGCGUGCUCUUCCUGGGACUGCUGGGCUAUUGGAUCUACUGGACGCGCUGCAGCUUCCGGAUUGUGCCCACGGACGAGCUGCGCGGCAAGAUCAACGGCCUGCUGCAGAGGAUCGACGACUGGCGCCACACCAGUCCCAGCAUGUUCUGCUUGGCCAGCACCGGCUGCUUGGGCACCCUCGCGGUGCUCGGCCACCUAAUCUCUGGGUCCACGCUGGUACUCACCAUCCUGGUCGUCUCCGCCCUCGUCUCCACCAAGUACAACUUCAAGCUGCUGAAGAUCGAGCACAAGGACUUCCAGUGGUCGGAGAAGCUCAACUAUAAUAACUUGGAGGCCGAGGCGGAGGACGAGUUUCUGCCGGACGUAAACGAGUUGAAUCUGUUUGUGCUGGAACGGGCCAGCGAUGUGGCCACCAUCAGCUCGCCCACCGAUGCGAACGACGAGGAGGAUGACGAGCGCAGCGACGAUAUACCAUCGGAGCUGCUCAUUCCGGACGUGAUACCCGAGAUCGAUGAGCACUCCACCGACGAGGACGAUGAGCUGGCCCCAUUGGCGGCCAAGAAGCUGGAGAAGCAGCAGCAGCAGGUGCAGCGGGAUCAGCUGGCAGCUGAGGAGAGCGGGGACAUGAACUUCCGGAAGGGUCACUUUAAGCGCGACUCGUCGCUGUCCACCACGUCCUCGUCGUCGGAGGAGAGUCUGUCCAAGGGGCUGCAGUUCCCCGAUCACACCACCGUCGAUGCCAGUGGCAACAGCAGCACACAGCUGCGUCAGAUAACCGCUGGACCGGAUCCCGCCGGCGAGCUAAUGGCCCUGGCCGUGAAAACCCAGGCACAGGCGCUUCUGGCCAACAGCGGGAAGCUCCUGCCCAGCCUCGUUUCCGGCCUGGUGCAGUGGGGGGCAGGCGGUGCGGCUGCAGCCAGUUCCGGCGGCAGCGGAGGCGGUGACACCACCGAUGCGAGCAGGGAUCGCGAUCGCGAACAGCAGCGCAUUGUUACCGCCUUGGAUUCGUCGGAUGAGAGCGACUUUGAGAUACUCGAAACGGAUGACUUCAAGUAAAUUGGAUUGGAUCGAAUCGGAUCGGAUCGGAUAUCGCUCCGAUUUGUGUCGUAUUAUAAAGCUAUUAUCUUAACAUACAUAUACAAACACAACAAACACCGACAACAUCGACAACAGACAGAGGAGCAAACGAGAACAGAAAACAGACAACACGGACGGUUAUAUUUUCCCUGGUGGAGAUCAGUUAUAUAUUUUGCUAUAUUGCUAUACACUAUACACUAGUGAUCGUUUUGCUAUAUAUACAUAUACUAAACUAAACACCCAAAAGUUAAAACUACCCUAGAGUUAAGCCAAAAGUUUAAGUUUAAGUUUACUUUGUUUUUUUUUUUUUGUUUGUUUGUUUUCGUUUUCUUUCGAUUGCUUUGUACAUUAUUUUGUGUUUAUAUAUCCUCAUGCCUAUUCCUAUUUUACUGUAUGACUCUAGUUUGUAUUUGCCAUUUUGUGUUUAUCCACUGACCACAAACAGAAACAACAACAACAACGAGUGACGGCAUGCAACAUGUACAUAUACUACAGAUACACUUACCUAUAUGUAUGGUUUAUAUAGAUGUCGCUGUGAGGGCGUUAAGCUACUUAAUCUGAAUCCAAAUCAAAAGCCUAAAGCAGCAAUUAAAAAACCAAAAAAAAAAAAAAAGAAGAAAUAACAAGUAUAGAAAACAAACGAAAAUAUGAAGAAAUCUGGUUCGGUGCUAUUUUUAAACCCAUUCGCCAUAUAACGUGCACAAAUCAUAAAAAACUAAAAAAAAAAAACAAAAAUAAAAUUAACGAAAAUUUGAAGACGCUAUCGUUUAACUGGCGACUUUUUUCGCUGACAACCAUCGUACGUUGUAGAACAUAACUGAAACUGAUACAUGAAAUCAAGUAACACACUUUUUUUUGUAUUCUAAUUAUUAUUUGCGCUAUGUAUUUUAAGUUGUAAUUUAAUUUGCGAAACAAAACUAAAUGUGAUUUUGUAAAAACAAAAGAAACUGAAAUAAAAAUCAAAAAGACCUCGAAA